AUGGGUGGGGUCGCUUCUAUACCAACGGACCCGUCACGGCGAAUCCAAGUCAUCUCGGCAGGCUAUUCGCGGACGGGGACUGUAUCCAUGUCGAUGGCAUUAGCCAAGUUGGUAGACGGACCAGUACUCCAUGGCGGUACCCAAAUCCUGUUGCGCGACGAUGACUACUGCUCCACAUGGAUCAAAGCAUACGAGGCCAGAGAGGCCGGCGACCGGGAGCUGACCCUGAAGCUGGUCCGGAAGGCGACGGCCGGGUUCGUAGCGACCGCAGAUCUGCCACCGUCGGAUUUCUUGCCAGAGAUUAUGGAGCUCUAUCCGGACGCCAAGGUCGUGUUGGUCCGUCGGGAUCCGGAGAGGUGGUGGAACAGCAUCGCAGCUCUAACCAGCAAGACGACGCCGUGGUGGCUUGGUGUGGUGGUUGCGCCGAUCCCGGGAUGGAGACAUAUCCCGAAGUUUGCGAGUUUGUAUUGCCGGUCGACUCUGCGACUCGCCGGUAUGAACGAGAAGAACGUUCAUCCGUCCGACCUCAUCAAAUGGGGUGGUCCCCACAUCUUAACCGCUCACAAUGAGAGGGUCAGAUCACUCGUUCCGAAGGAGAACCUUUUGGAGAUGGACUUGAGCCAGGGCUGGGAACCUCUAUGCCACUUUCUGGGCGUGCCUGUGCCACGCGACGAGCCCUUCCCGCGGGCGAAUGACGCCGAAGCAGCAGACCAAUAUGCCACGAAAAUCUUGCUGAAGGUCCUGCUAGUCUGGGUCGGCAUCUUUUCGGCCGUCGGAGUCGCUGGCUAUUCGGCGUUUUCGCUGUGGAAAAUGUGA